AAGAGGAGAAAGCAAACAAUUUUCAGGCCCGCCGCGUCUAGCAAAAAAUAUGAGAAAAAAAUUAUUAAAAAUUCGGAAAAUAGUUGAAAGUCGAGAAAAACUCAACAGAAAGGAUGUUAAACCGUCCGGGAGCCCUGAGUCCGGGCGAUGUUGAGCACAUAAAACUGGAUAAAACAAUUGCAACAGUACUAGUCGGGCAUCGUGCCCCUGUCAGUGUAGCUGGUCUGCCUUAGGGUGCAAUGGCCACGGGAACCCAGGACCACCGUGACCACAUCCUGGAGAAAGCCAAGCUUGCACCAUCCACAGGGAGGCGCAGGAGAGCAGAAGGGAAGCCGAAGAAGAAUUUCCCUUGCCAGGAGUGUCAGAAAGCUUUCAACAGUCUGGAGAAGUUGAAGGUGCACUCGUACUCACACACAGGGGAAAGACCUUACCGCUGCUCCCACCCUGACUGUACCAAGGCUUUCGUCUCCAAAUACAAGCUGCUACGGCAUAUGGCAACUCACUCGCCAGAAAAAAACCACAAGUGUUCAUACUGUGAGAAAAUGUUCCACCGCAAGGAUCACUUAAAGAAUCAUCUACACACUCACGACCCACACAAGGAGGCUUUCACCUGCCAGGAGUGUGGCAAGAGCUACAACACCAAGUUGGGUUUCAAACGCCACCUUGCCCUGCAUGCAGCCAACAGUGGAGACCUCACCUGCCAAGUGUGCCUCCAGCCAUUUCCUAGCACUGGGGUUCUGCUGGAACACCUCAAAACGCAUGCUGGCAAGUCCUCUGGCGGGACCAAAGAGAAAAAGCAUCGCUGUGAACAUUGCGAGCGACGAUUUUACACCCGGAAAGAUGUGCGACGCCACAUGGUUGUGCACACCGGACGCAAGGACUUCCUUUGUCAGUACUGUGCCCAGCGCUUCGGUAGGAAGGACCAUCUGACACGCCAUGUGAAAAAGAGCCACGCCCGAGAGCUGCUGAGAGUAAAAACUGAGCCAGCUGAUUCGCUGGAGCCCAUUGUCUAUGACUUGGCAUCUGGGAGCAUCAAGGGUGAGCUCCCAGGAAUGCUGACACCAAGGCCACACCAGCUCAACAUGUACACAGGCCCCAUCCUGGACACAGAGCCUUUCCCCACCUCCACACAUCCAUUUUCUUUAAAGUAUCCUCUGGGCUCCAACUUUACCUCAUACGCCGUCUCCUCGCAGGAGCAGAAUCUAAAGGGAGACCUGGAGACCUACCUGAUGGAGCUGCAGAGCAGCAUGCCUUCCUCAUCCUCUGCAGCCCAAGAACCCCAGCUUUCUUCCUCCAAACUUGAGUUGGUGCCUCAAGUUAGUGUGCUGGAGGAAGCCAGCGAGGAGGUGUCCCUGUCUAAAAUGUCUACAUCAGUGGCAGUUACUGUGGGCGACUCUCUGGCCUCAUCUUCAUCUCUAAUGGACUUCUCACAGCUUUUCAACUUCCUGCCACUCAAUGGGCCUCCAUACAGUCAGGUAGGAGGCAGCGGAGGGCAGGGUAUCACCUUUCCACCCAAUGAAGAGCCCACAACUCUUGCCCAGCUGCCUCCCCAGGCACCCACAGGUUCAGAAGCUGCAGAGAGUCCACUUCAAGGGCUUCCCUCCUCCUUCAUAUCCAACCUGACCACACCCACCACAUUGCCCCGUUUCCACCAAGCUUUUCAGUGACCCAGUAUGUACUGCGCUUGACACACUUGCACUCAAACACACUGACACACAUGAGUUACAAAACCACACCAGCAGAUAGACAACCAAGCCAGAUUCCAGUAAUACAUGUUUAAAGAUAUUAGAACUUCUAAUCAUGAAAUCAUAACAUGGGUAGACACUAACGCUGUCAGCAGCAGGAACACACCUCCACACUACAGCUGCCCUAAUCGACUUCCUGAUGGCUACUGUUGGAAUGUAAGCUUUUGGCAAGACAAGCUUUUUAAUGACAGAUUGGCAAGUCUUCACCACCACAGUUCCUCAAUGAUCUCAUAAUAGCAGGACAAUGAUCCUGUUUGCUCUGUUUGUGCGUACUCUUCCAAAUUCAUAGGUUCUACUUUUCUUAAUUCCUGAUUUUGUGAGAGAAAAGACUUCACAGGCAGACUAGAAUAUUUAUUUUUAGUUGCAGCACAGGCUGUAAUCUUCAGCUAUGUUUUCUAAACCCCAGUUAAACAUGUUUAAGUGCAGCACAGCUCUGUACACUAAUGUCACCACAAGAGCAUACCGUGUGGAGAGGAGUAAAAACUGUUUUCACCAACAGUGUGGACAUUACGAAGCAGUGACAGUAGUAACUGUGCCAAUUUACACAAAAAUUAGUCUUUUGUGCAUUGGAGAAUUUUCACAUAAAUGAAUGACAGUAGUAAUUUGACUGCAGUGACUUUUCUUUACCAAACCACAGGUUAAAUAGGUUGACCUCAGUAUGCAGAUUUUCCAUGUGUAUGUGGUUUGUCCUGAAGCACUUUGUAUUUGACAUUGUUGUCUGACAUCCCAGCUGACCUUUUUUUUUCUUCUUUUAGUUAUAGAAAGAUUUUAAAGGACCAAUAUCUACUUUUUUCUUUUAACAAACCGUUAAUGCUAAUUAGAUUAAUAAUAAGUAGACUAAAAGUUGUAAAAAUCAUCGAUUUAAGAUUAAAGGUAAAUUAAUAUAAAUCGACCAAUAAAUCAGAGGCUCACCCAAAUUAUGAUGGAUAAGGUGCUGAGUAGGAAGCAAGGAGCAGCAGUUUCACGUCAUUUUGGUAGCUGGUAGAACUUCUGGUCAAGUGAAAUUUGUCUCUGUGGAGUUUCUUGGUUAUCCCCACCCCAAAUCCACCAAACACAAACAAAUAUGGCUGCUAACGGCUGACACAUUGCUGUAGAAUGUUCAGAUCCCACUAACCUGAUUAGUGUAUGUCGUCGUAUUGAGUGAGCUGACAGCAAAGGCUAUCAUCCCCCUUUCCCCUGUCAAUAACCACUCCACCACACAUGCAGCACCCUUAGUUGGAGAGCUACGAUCAACCAUGUAUCUGGGAUAACAGGCACCAUGUUCUACACAGAAAACUCAAGUUAAAGUCUUAACCAUGACACACAAAACCGCAGCUAUUCACUCUGUAUGAAGCUCAUCCAGCAAACCCCAGCUAUCGUAAAAGAUCCUUGUUAGAGUUGCUCCUGACCGAAGCUUUUCCUAGCCAGCUGUAGUUGCUGAUUCAAGCCAUUACCCAACUAGCCGUCACAAAUGUGUGAUCAUGAAUUGACGGUCAUGAACUAAAGAUUACAUAAACUUGUAGAGACCAUGUAUAUCAGGGCAGUCUUUGGGUUUCAAUGACUCUUACAACUCUUAAUUUUCUGUGAUGGAACCACUGAAAUCCAUGCAUCUUUGUUACAAAAAACAAUUGUGCAUUAUUGAUCCUCAGGGCCAGUGACCCCCUAAUUAACUUAUUCAACUGUCAGGGAAUCACUGGACCAGCUCUCCAUCCUUUGGGUCCGGUUCUACUGCCCCCUGAGAUCUAGCUCAGAGGGAUGCUGCAGAACUGUUAAGCUGGUAAGCGAGGGAAAUUCGCCUAGCUUUCUCACUGCCUACAUCCAGACGCCUAUCCCUUCUUCCUCCAAUAAUUAAUUUAACCAAGUAGCCACUUCGGUAUAGUUAAAUUUAAUUACCAGUCACACCUGUUAACGGCAGCUUCUCCUCUUAUGGAUCUUGCACUUGGUAAGUUGCUAGGUUUAAUUCAGAGGUUAUGGACAUUUAGACAACCUCUAGGAUAUGUUUAAACCGAGCCAACCUGGUCCCUAUGAUUAGGUAACCUUUCAGAGCCUCUACUAUUGUUAUGCACGCAAUAACCUGACUUUCUACCACCAGGGAAAAUAUUCAUAAUUAGUGACUGUGAUAGGGAUAAAGUGAAUUUCCAAUCUGUUAACUUUAAUUGCAGAAAAAAUGUUUAUUAUAAAAUUUAGCAAGGGCGUAGCAAUAGCUCUUAAUCAUCAGACAAUUAAUCAAACAUCACUAUUCUUUCAAUGGCUUAACACAACUGGAACUAUACUUUCAUAAAAGAGAAGUAAUAAUCACCCAGAUUACAUCAUUUGGAGGGAGAGCAGUCACGGUGUGGCCACACCCGGCUGCUCACCUGAGACCCGGCAAGUGUUUGAGACCCGUCGGGGCCCAAACACUGUUUCAGUUGUUGUUGCUUCACAACAGCAUUUUGGUUCCUUUGCAGAUUUGUUUUGGGUCUUCUGGAAUUAUGACAAAAUCUAUUGAGUCAAAAAAUGCAUACAGCAGAUCUAAUAUUUGGUUAAAUGUCUUUUGGCCGUUUUCACCUCAAUCAGGGGGCUUUGAUGGCAUUUCACAACUUACUAGCUUCUGGUUGUAUUUUUAACCAUUUGUCUCGCCAGAAUUGGUGCAUGUCAACUAAAUUUGUUGGCCUUCAGUUAGAGACUCUUUUUUUUUUUUUAGUACAGUUCACUGAUUCUCCAUGGGGUUUAAGUCAAGACGUUGAGGCAUCUCUUAAAUAACUCCAAGUGACUUUCCUGACUUAUUCAAGUCAGUUAUUUUCUUUUUCAGAUCUGUGCUCUGCUGACUUUGCCAGUGUACUGUUUGUGGCAGAGUCUAAUUAGUGCAUCAAAUGGAUCCUAUUUUAAUUGGCACAGAGAAGUGAGCAACUGUAGUCAAUUGUAAUCACUCAUAAAAAGUUAGGAGGCCAUGCCACUAAGAAAAUUUGAUUAGCACAGCUUUCUACAUUACCAAAACUGAUCAUUCAGGUUUCUGUAUGUGCAUCUUUGAACAAGCAGAUUUUGUCGUAUUUUCAGUAGAUCUACAAAAGAACCAAAAUGAUUCUUUUCUGUGACAACGAUCCAUGUGUUUCAGUUAUUCAUCAUAGAAAAUCAUGUUGAUGUGGGAGCUUUAGGAGUGAAUGGAAACUCAGUACUGCCACGAUAUGCAUGGUCUUUAAACUUUUUUUGACAAAUGUAUAUAUUUUUGGAUACCUCAGAAAAAUUAUUUGAGCGCUGAGAGAGAACAAUAUAUUUAGACUGGCAUGUUUCCAAAAAGCGCUUUUAUUCGCAGUUUAAAGUAUCACACUGAAAAAGGUUAAAGAACAUGGCAAAAUGAAAAAAAAAAAAAACAUUCUCAACUUUGCAGAAAAAGUUUUAAUGCUGCUUAAGGAUUUUUAAAAAUGUUUUUUUUAAAAAACAGUAAACGUAUAGAAGAGGAGUUGGCAAACCUUUUUUCAAAUCAGUCCUGACACAGUGAAUUUAUCUCAUGUCUUUUGCCCCUAUUGCCCAAUCCUGCGAUGAGGAAACUAAAACGCUGAUGCCCUAAGACUCACCAAAUACCCUGUUGUAGCACUGUGUCUAACCAAGCAAGUAGUUUGGAUUGGAUUCGCUGCCUUGGACACUUCUGUCUCUUCUCCACUGGAAUAAAAAACUAAAAGAUUGUGCUUGUUAUGCUUAGAAGCUGAGGAAGGGACUGAGCUCCACAUCUCAUUUUACAUCCAAUGAGGUUGAGUUGGUGAGUGUUCUGUUACAGACCUGCACCUCAUUUGAUAACCUCCUAAACUUAACCAAAUAUUGUGCUGCACAGAAACUGUAGAAAGGAUGAAUCACAAUGCAGUUUACCAGUAGAAUAAGAAAUAUAUUAUUAAACAGAAGCUAGGGCUUUUUGUAAUGGUCCAGUAUUGGUCUAAAGCAUUCAUGUCUGGUGAUAGGGUUGAAACAAUGAACAUAAUUAGAACUUUUUCAUUUAAAACAUGGCAGUAAAAGCUGUCCUCAGUAACUGCGAUACUGUCAUAAGAAAAAUGUUUGUCCCUGAAUUUGAGCUCCACAAACUCAUUCAGUUUGCCUUCCUUGCUCUGGUGAAGUAGACCUCUCAAAGACUAAACAAAACUACCAGAAUGGAUAGAUGUCUGUCGGAGGGGUGAACAUGUUUUUAAAUUGGCUACACCUGCAUUUCGAAAAUCAAGAAAUUAGGAUACGUGUUUUCUGUAAAGGUCAGUUGAAGCUUAGAUUUUUUUUGUUACCUCUUUUUCGUUUCCUUUUGUUAUUUCCACCUCAAACCAAACCACAGAGAGAGUUCCUUCUCAUGCGGUCUGGUCAAUAGGCAUUUGUCAGCGGAGGGAUUCAGAGUAAAGAUGAUCUGCCCAGCAGGUCUUGACAGCUGAUGAAACAGUGUUUGAUGUUUGCGUUUGAGAGUGAAGGGUGUCGAUGAGCAGGAGUUCCACUUCACCCCCAAUAGACAGAGUCCUCAGUGCUUCAGUCAGUCCAAACAGGAAACGCAUACAUUUCAAACUGUGCUCCUUCUACACAAUGCAUAAGUAGCCUUACUGCUCGAUUUAAUCAUGUUCAAAUCAGGCAAAGUAAACACAACUGUUGUGUGAUAUACCAUGCUGUACUUUGGCAUAUCAGCGAUUUGCUGUCAUCUAAAUUCAAAGUGUAAAAAUGGCACAGAUACAGAUAUGUAUUUGUUUAUGCUGCUUCCCAUAGGUUAACCAUUACAUCCACUAGCAUCACCUUUCACUUAUUAUUUGAUAUUCUGUUAAUAAUUCCAACAUUUCAGAAGACGUGUGAUUGAAAGACGCACUAGACUUACUCUUUCUUUUGAAUAGCCAUUAAAACGUGGAGUCUGGAAUGAACAGAUACAGAAAACAUCUGUAAUAAUAGGUGGACAUUCUGUGUGAAAAGUUGAGGUUCAGCAUAUGUCUUUGCAAAAAGGAUUAGAUAGUAAACUACAGUUAGCACUGACGCAUCGCCUUGGCACGCAAGACGAGCAUUUCCUGUUACCUCUAUUGAUUGUGUUGUAUAUUUAGAUUUUUUAAAAUGUUGUUUUGCAUUGCAUACAAGAGUUUCUGCAGUGGUCACUUCUUAUCUACCAGUUUGGUUAGCCUCAUUUAUGAACUCAGCACACUUAUUGUCAGAUACCAGAGCAUUGCUUUGCAAAUCGUAGGAGAAAAUGUUCUUUUUUGGAGAUGACCGAAAGCAUCUAUGAAAAACUGCUAAAAACCAGAAGAAAUUUCCCUACUAAGGAUUGUGUAGGAAAUCCUGGAGUAACACACAGAAUGUCAGCUGUUACUAGCUAGACUCUAGUCUCCUUUCUUAUACAGUUCAUGUGUGAAGCACUGAAUCCCAAAAUCUGUACUGAAAGCUGACAUCAAAUGUCUGAACAGAUUCUUAAUCUUACUGAAUUAUCCUUUGACCUGGUCAUUCUUGAGUUAAAUCAAAAUAAUACAGAAAAUUCAGGGCAUGGAUCCAAAAAGCGUAAUUUUAUUCCCACUCAACACUUUUCUCUCCACUCACUGGAAAUUCUUAAGGACAAUUUCUCAAUAAAUGUUUUUUGUUGAAUAUUUUACAGUAAACAAUUUAGUAACAAUGAACAUUGUUCUAUCUGAAUGAAAAUUAUCAAUUUUCAAAAACUAAUAUUGCCCCUAGUUUUUACUUUCCUGCAACAAUAUUUUGAUUCUGUGUAGUAUUGAUGGAAAUAAAUCAGUGAUUGUUUUUAAACCUAGUCAAUAGUAUGAUUGCAAAGUUUUUAGUUUUUUUAUGACAUGAAGUACUAGAAUGUGUUUCAAUUUUAUGUACCUGCACUGAAUAUUAAUAUUUUAUCCUUAAAAUAGUUUUAAUGAAUUGACAGCAAUCCUUCUUGGAAAACAUUACAUUGGAAAUACCUUCUAAAACAAGUUUUUCAGCGCUGAAAUUACAUUUAGUGAGAUCUGUGACAGUCUGUUGUUAAGCAGGACCACAGAAUCUGACACAGUUCUAUACGACAGCUCUGUCAUAAAGUCCACUUUAAUUUAACUUUGAUUUUCAGUUUUUGUUAAUGUCAGGAACAUCAUCGAUUUUCAUUUUUUGAAUAUACCUACAGUGAAUUUUAACCACCACCCAACACUAGACGUAGAGUAGAACCACAUUAAUCCCACUGAGUCAGAAUGUCUUUGCAGGAAAAACUGAAACCAUUCAAGAUAUUAAUGAAUUGGAUUUUAAUAGAAAAAUUAAGUGAUUUUAAUAGAAAAUUAUUUAUUAUUGAUUGGAUUAUUGUACAACAUUCACCAACAACUGUUUCUCUCAGGGUUUCAUGGAGUACCUUUACAAAUCCAGACAAGAAAAGCACCCAGAGAGCACAGUACUCCACCAAGGCUACUCGGUUAUUGUAUGAUUUCUGACGGAUGAAAUUUUUAAAACAUUCGUAGUCCGCAGCGGUGGAAGAAGAAUCGCAAUCAUGAUUGUCAGCAGACACCUGAAGUAGUGUUUACUUCUUGUCAUAGUUAUGCUACGUGUCCACUAGGUGCGUUUUUCCCGCAUGUAAACACGUCGCAUCUGAAAAUUGCCCGCUUGGUGGGCGUGUUCUUGAGGCCAGUAGCUGGUGUUCAAUUCUUCCAACUUUCUUCUCCAACUAUCCUGCUUUUGAUUGAACAAAUACUUGACAAGCCAGACCAACGUGGCCGCUCGUUCACAAACUUUCUCUUUUAUUGCAAAAACAGUUCAGCGAAAAGUAUUUCUGAAAGCAUUUGAGGUGAGAAAUGAAAUGUGCAGUAGCUGAAGUUCACUGAUGGCUAGUUUAGACAUUUGAUGAAAGUUCCGCGAUGCGCCCAACCUCUAUUCACCGCAUCACGUUUGCAUAAAGUAGGAGUCGAGUCUGCUUUAUGCAAAUGAGCUGCAGCCCGCUCUGGGGAGAUGCACUGGAUUGCAGUUUGAGACGCACCACAACCGGACCAGCAGUAUCAAGGUGUGCUUCACAUAGACAGUGAAUGGGAUGUGGGAAAUUACCGGAUGUAGUGGACACGUACCUUUACAGUGAUACUGUACUGCUGUCUGGCAAAGAUGCAGAAGUCUUUAACACAAUCCAGACUAUAAGCCGCAUCACUGCCAAAAUCUGAUCACUUAGUCCUUUUAUCAUUUCUGACCUUCUCUGAAAAUUUCAUCCAAAUCUGUUGGUCCGUUCCUGAGUAAUGUUGUUAACAGACAGACGGACAGACAUAGGCCGAUCGUCACAUAACUCCGUCGCAUUCCUUGGUGGAGUAAUAACAUCGUACAGUGGGGGGAAAAGUGACAGAUGGGGCUUAGGAGUCACAGUGAUGAUAAAAAGUAUCUCUGAGGGCUAAAUUUAAAAAAUGACAAACUGUAUUUAAGGAAGUCCUGACCUUAUAGUUUGGUGAGUUGGCAUGAAAUGACCUCAGUUAAACUACUUUCUUCAGACAGUUUAGACUAUUAUUUUAAUUUAAACAACAUUUGAUUUGACAUUUAAAGUUUAUCAAAUGAGCAAAGUAGUGAACAAACUGACAAGUGAGGGGGUGUUUAAGUUGCCCCACAAAGUCUAAGUGGACCUUUAGUCAACAUUAUUUUGUCAAACUGCUGUUCACUAGAGUGAACUUCUGCUCGCUAUCUGAAUACUGUGCCUUCUUUUGUAAAUGAGGUAUAAAAGUUUUCUUUAGUAUCCUUUCCACCAACAUAACUGAAGGAUGAAAUUCCCAAAGGUGAUGUUAGCUGAUGUAUACAGUUCCAUUAAGUGAGAUAACGUAUGAGACAUGGUUUUGGAAACUUUGGAAGUCUCUGUUCCACCACCGCAGUGUGUCUUCUGUUUGAUGCAUGUAAAACCCAAUAGUGUUAUCACUUACCUCACAUAGUCAUCUUGCUUUGGGCUCCAAGAUUCAGAAAAAAUGCUAAACUAGAAGUAUUAAGCUCGAGUUUUUCCUUCCUGAAUGACAGGACUUGAUGAGUCAUGAAUGGAGACGAUGUGUUUCUGUCAAAUGUAGAGUUGAAUGUGUAAUGUUUCAAACCAUUUAUGAAAACGUGCUAUUUGUACCGUGUGAAGGUUUGUGGUUUUACAAGAGAUGUUAGCAAGCCGCUACUUUUUUUUUUGUAAUCAUAGCACUUUUUGUAAAUUGAAUGCCUUUAUUUCCUCCAGUACCCUCUGUUUUAAACCUUUAUUACAAAAUUUAUAGAUGAUAUAUUUAGCUCUUUUAGAGAACAAUAACAUGUAAAUACAAUAUAAAAUGUUUUAUUUUUACAGGUACAAUUUUGACAGUGUUUUUCCUAUCAAAGUGUCAUUGUUGCUUUACUUGCACAAGUGUUCUCUGUAACUCAUUGAGGGUUCUGUUAACAAAUGACGAACCUUUAAACACCGUUUUUUUUUUUGUUUUUUUUUGCCUGCCGGGUUUUUCAGACGGCCUUUGGCAAUUCAUCCGCUGGUUUGGGUAAAAGCUCAGACAGUAAUUCUGCUUAAAUGGACAGUUUUAUAGCACUUAAUUGUAUCAUGUUGCCAUGGGUUGUUCAGAUAUUAAAUAGUAAAUCUGUAUGUUCAGUCACUCCCAGGGCGUUUUCACUCUUCUGUCCUCCUCUGGUGUCAGUGGGACAUCAUGAAAACAUAUUACUUGACUUCUUAGUGGCUUCUGUCUGUAAGCUGUUGCAUAAACACAAAUUUGAUCAGUUAGCUGCAAUGCUAACUUGAUUCAUGAUUCAUAUGGACUGUAUGACAGAAUCUAGGGAUCUGAUAAGGGGACGUUAAAAGCAACGACUGUGGCUCAAAGCUGAAAGAAUACAAAUUUGUACAUAAUCGAGGGUAGUAGAGGAGAUCCAGAUUUGAGUUUCGUAACUAAAGCUGAUCUAAACUGUCCUGGGACAAAGGAAGAGGAAGGCAGAAUGUGGCCCGUGGUUGUGUAGUGACUGAGGGAAAGGAGAUGCUCUUUGGUGAGAGGCUCAGACCUUUCAUGGUUCAUGUCAGACUUCUUUAUAAGCUUCAGUGGUACCAGUGAACUUUGAUGAAUGUGUAUGUAAGAAACACUGCAAUACUGCAAUAUAUUUUUGGUAUUGGAUCAAGCUGCUAACAUACUUCUAAAGCUCCUUAAGGUGCUACAGACCUCUUUUCUAGUUCUUAAAUGUAUCGUUUGUACAAAGUAUCUAGUUUGCUAAACAGUUGGCAUGUGUGUGCCUGGUUGUACUAUAUAGCUACAUAUAUUUUUUAUUGUACUGUGACUUUUGUAGUCUUUUUACAGACUUGCCUGUAAUAUUCUGCCCACCACCCACCCAGAAACACACAGCUCUGUGCUGUGAUAUUGGGAGUCAUGUUGGAAGGUUGCUCUGACGGAGACGUCGGUGCUGACGCUGAGAAACGUGACAACGUGACGGCGUGAUGCCAUUCGAAAUAAGCUGAGACGGUUCAGAGAUGAACUGCAUUCCAGCUCUGUUGGUUUUGCUUUUUGUUGGAUUUUACCAGUACCAUCCUGUGACAAUGAUAGAUUGCAAAUUCUCAAUAUUUUUGCUUCAAGUUUAUUUUACAAACUACUGUUGUAUUUUUAUAAAUAUAGGCAAAGUAAAUCACAUAUAUAUAAGUAAAUAUAUAUGUAUAUGUUCAUAGGUUGUGUAAAAAUAAAUAUUAAUGCUGCAACUUUUAUCUGUUGUUUUUUAAACCUUGACAUCAUCCAAAGAAGCAGAUUAUUUAUUGUCUGGCAGAAUAACCUGAUAUGAUUCACAUAUUUUGCUGCUAUGAGAGAGAAGAGCUGCAGUCGACAACUCCAGUGUUUUUACUCAAUGUAAUGAAAGUUCAAUAAACAUACGAGAAGGAUCCAA